AAUGCGGCGAGAAGCCAGCCGGCGGUCGCAUUGUGGGCGGCUCAAAUGCAACGCUGAACCAGAUUCCCUGGCAAGUAUCAUGGCGUUUCUUCAACCAGACCACCAACACUCAUCGCCACAUUUGCGGCGCCUCCAUCAUCGCCGACAAGUGGCUGCUCACUGCGGCUCACUGCGUCGACGUCGUCAAGCCACUGGAGGAGAAAAACUUCCGUGCCUACGUGGGGCUGCUCUCGCAGAGUGCCCCUGACUCCAACAGCAAGCUGAUGACCAUCAAGAAGAUCACCAUGCACUCGGGCUGGGACUCACAGCAGAUCAUCAACGACGUGGCCGUCGUCGAGCUGGACGAGCCCAUUGGCCUGGAGAGCUCCAACCUCAACGCCAUCUGCUUGGGCAGGCCCACCGACAAUGUCGAGGGAAAGAUGUCGGUCAUCUCUGGCUGGGGCCUAGAGGUGCACGGUGGCAGUCAGAUUCCUGACAGGCUAAAGUUUGCCACAGUGCCGGUGGAGAAGCAAUCAGACUGCAAGAGAAUCUACAGUUUUAUCAAGCCGCUGACCGACGGAGAAGUUUGCGCUGGAAAGAACCCAGGUGGAUGUAAUGGUGACAG